AUGGCAUGCCAGGCAUUCAGUACAGACUCGUUCAGUCCUCUGGCUCCGGAGUUGCCCAUCCUGAUGCAUCACGCGUCCACCAGCGACUGCCUGUCUUCUGGCUCUCACGCCCACUCCAUGGUGUCUGCAGUUUCCUCUGGACUGUCCCUGGGUCAGUCGUCCAAACGCUCUCACAUGCACCUCUCCACCACUCCCCUCGGAAAUGCACCCCCAAGCCUACAUUAUCCAGUCACCCCCUGUCACUAUGGCAACCAGCAGGCCUAUGGCAUGAUGACAGCUCAGGAGAUGCUCUCAGCCAGUAUUUCUCAAACUCGGAUCCUUCAGACCUGCGCUGUGCCUCACCCAAAUAUGGUCAGCGCCACCAACCCAUUGCAAGGAUCCCUCACUUCCUGCUUGUACAAGUUUCCAGACCAUGGCCUAAGCAGUGGAUCGUGCGCGCUGAGCCAUGGUUUCUCCACUCUACCACAGGCGCUGCUCUCCUCUGAUGAGACCCCUGGGGGGCUCUCCGCUGUCGGAGGAGGGGAGGGGUUGAAAGCGGACGUCCCCAGAAAGAGCAUCCGCGAGCAUGACGAAGCUCCCACCAUGGACUCCCCGCAGAUCCGCGAGUUGGAGAUGUUUGCCAACGACUUUAAGAUCAGGAGAAUCAAGCUGGGCUACACUCAGACGAAUGUGGGAGAGGCUCUGGCAGCGGUGCACGGCUCUGAGUUCAGUCAAACCACAAUCUGCCGCUUCGAAAACCUCCAACUGAGCUUCAAAAACGCUUGCAAACUCAAGAGCAUCCUGGAGAAGUGGCUGGAUGAGGCCGAACUAGCUGGUGCCUUGUACAGUGACAAAGUGGGAAUGAAUGAGAGGAAGAGGAAGCGAAGAACAACUAUCAGCCUAGGAGCUAAAGAGGCUUUAGAGCGCAGCUUUGUGGAGAAGACCAAACCUUCGUCUCAGGAAAUCGCUCGGAUCGCCAAAGGACUGCACCUGGAGAAGGAGGUGGUCCGGGUCUGGUUCUGUAACAGGCGGCAGAGGGAGAAACGGGUCAAAACCAGUUUAAACCUGAGUCUGAAGAUCAGCCCCAACUGCAUCACUCAGAUGAGCAAGACCCAGCGGCCAAUCACAUAG